AGGAAAUGAGAGUUACAAUGUGGCGGACAAAGACACAGCAGCAUCAGUUUCUUCACCUGCAUCGUUCAGUGCAGAACAGAUUCUUCAACGCUAGGAAAUUCGAUAGCUGAGGGCCUCAGAAUGGGACCAAGGACAAGGAACUUGUCCCUCACCUUGUUUCUGGUGUGUCUCCUUGACACUCAGUCAGCGGGAGCUGAUCCUACGUGGGGAGGUCUGUAUCCCAGAGAAUCCCUCUACCGUGAAGUGAAGUCCCUUGACGGAGUCUGGAACUUCCGUCUGGCACCCAGACAUGACCCUGACAGGGGGUUUGUGGAGGAGUGGUACGCCAAACCUCUGAGUAAGACGGGACCAGUUAUUCCCAUGCCUGUUCCUAGCAGCUACAACGACAUAACACAGGACCCCGACAUCAGGGACCACGUAGGAUGGGCUUGGUACGAUCGGAUGUUCGAGGUUCCAGUCAGCUGGUCGAAAAAUCGAAGAGUCUUUCUGCGCUUGGGGUCGGCUCAUUACUUAAGCAAUGUGUUUGUGAAUGGAAAUCCCGUGGUCGCGCACGAGGGAGGGCAUUUACCAAUCCGAGUUGAACUGACACAGUUGCUGAUAUACGGGUACACAAACCUUCUGACAGUGGCUGUUAGCAAUGUACUCACGCCGGACACCAUCCCCCAAGGACUGAUAGUGCACAAAAAUGAUACGAGCAGGUACCCUGAAGAUUACUUCAUCCAGACCUACUCCUUCGACUUCUUCAACUAUGCAGGAAUCCACAGGCCAGUUCACCUAUACAUGACUCCUGAGACUUUCAUCGAUGAUAUUGAGGUAUCAACCGAUGUGAAAGAAAGUACUGGUAUAAUAAACUACAAAAUAACGACAGCGGGUAGUCAAACAGCAACAUGCACCAUAGUUGUCUGGGACCGAAAUGACACACAAGCAGGAAAAAGUUCCGAAUGCGAAGGUACCAUCAACAUCCCUGAUGCAAAGCUGUGGUGGCCAUUUCUAAUGUCAGAUGACCCCGGUUACCUUUAUUCAUUUAAGGUUUUCCUCUAUGUUGGCACAACGCAAGAGGACAUAUAUGAGCAGAAAAUAGGAAUACGAUCGAUACAGUGGGACUCAACAUCACUCUAUGUCAACGGGCAGAAGGCCUAUUUACACGGGGUUGGAAAACACGAGGACUCCGAAAUCAGGGGCAAGGGCCUGGACCUUGCACUAGUGGCGAAGGACUUCAAUCUGAUGAAAUGGCUCGGAGUCAAUGUCUUCCGGACGACCCACUACCCUUAUGCCGAAGAGAUCAUGGACAUGGCAGACCGAGAGGGUAUCAUGGUUAUCGAUGAAUGCCCAGCUGUCUCUCUUACCAACUUCAGCCCUUCACAUUUGGAGACCCACGCAGAAAUGAUGCAAGAGAUGAUACGGAGGGACAAAAACCGCCCUUCUGUCAUCAUGUGGAGCGUAGCCAACGAAGCUGUGUCCUCCGACCCCAAAGCAGACAGCUACUUCAGGCAAAUCGUAAACACUACGAAAUUCCUUGACCCAACGCGACCUGUCACGGCUGCUAUCAAUGCAGGAAAAAACAUCGAUUUUGCUAGUAAAUACAUGGAUAUCAUCAUGGUGAACAAAUAUUACUCUUGGUAUAGCGACACGGGCCACCUGGAACUGAUAGAAAACCAGACGAUUACGGAAUUCACGGAAUGGCACGAACUGCGUCAGAAACCCAUCAUGAUCUCAGAGUACGGAGCUGGCACGAUCAACGGACUUCAUCGGAGCCCUGCAUUCCUGUGGUCGGAGGAAUAUCAGGGUGAAGUGCUGAUAAACCAUUUCAAAGCCUUCGACGUCCUUCGAAAACAGGGAUUCUUCAUCGGAGAAAUGGUCUGGAACUUCGCGGAUUUUGCUACCCCACAGGCCACCACCAGAGUCGCAGGCAACAGAAAAGGACUUCUGACAAGAGACCGCCACCCGAAACUGGCGGCCCAUAUUUUAAGGCAACGCUAUCACGCUCUGGAGAACAUCAAAACAGAUGGCAUCUUUGGUGCCAAUAUUAACAACUGAUGUGAAAUAAAUAUGGAGAGGGUAUCAGUUGCCGAGGACAUCAAUGUAGACGUCAUCUUUUGUGACACCAGAACGAAAAAAGUAAAGUGGAAACUCUCUUCCAUAUUUAAUAACAUUGGAGAUUACGUGAACAAGUAAUGUGACAAUAAAAACCUAGAUAUCAUC